GGCGUCCUCCCCUCCUCCGUCCCCUCAAAACCCUCCCAAAACCGCUGGAGGCUGGAGCUCCGCCAUUCCCACUCUCCCCUUCCAGCCCAGUCCAUGCCCCAUCCCUCCGCCGCGAUGCUCCCCUCGCCCUCCUCCCUCCGCUCCGUCCUCCACCUCUCCCGCCGCCUCCUUCUCCGCCGCGCCCCGGACCCUCGCCUCCCUAGGCCCCUGCUCCUCACCCACCUCCGCCUCCUCUCCUCCACCUCCUCCCCCAGCGACGACCCCCUCACCGACAGCCUCGGCACGUCCGCGGCAACCUCCUCCUCCGCCGACUCGGAGGCGGAGGCUCCCGUGGAGGGCGACGCGUGGGGGCUGUUCGACCCCGUGGCCGGCCGCAUCGUCAUGCAGGAGCAGCCGCCCUACUCGUCGCCUGGCUCCGACGAGGACGCACCGAAGGGGAAGGGGAAGAGGAGCGUCAGGGAGAAGGGGGCGGGGACGGGGAGGUCGGUCGCCGGGAAGGACCAGACGAGGUGGUCGUCGGUGGCCGGCGUGAGGAGGGCCGGUGGCAAGUCGGGCAAGGAGAGGGUCACGUACGUGUGCAGCAACUGCGGGGAGGGCUCCUCGCAGUGGUGGGGCACGUGCCGCCACUGCGAGGCGAUGGGGACUCUGACCAAGUAUGUGCCGGGGAAUGAUUCUACUGACUCGGAGCGGUCGCACCAUGCCUACCGGUCGUGGGUUCCGCAGAAAAGCAAGGAGAUGGUGCCCCAAAGCCUUCAGCAAGUGAACAAGGGAGUUGAUCACUCCGAGUGGCGAAUACCGCUGUCCGGGAGCUUCGGAGUGGAGAUCGCUAGAGUGCUUGGGGGUGGAAUUGUUCCUGGGUCCUUGAUUCUAGUAGGUGGGGAUCCAGGUGUAGGAAAAAGUUCAUUGAUGUUGCAGCUUGCUUCUAUUGUAUCCGAGAAUAUCGGUGUUGGGGAGUCUUCUGCUGUUGUAUAUGUGUCUGGUGAGGAGAGCAUUGAGCAAAUUGGAAACAGGGCUUCUCGGAUGAGUAUCAGGUCUAGAAACUUGUACUUAUAUUCUAGCACAGAUAUUGAGGAUAUCUUGGACAAAAUCCAACCAUUAUCUCCAAAGGUGCUCAUUAUUGAUUCAAUUCAGACGGUUUAUCUGAGAGCAUUUGCUGGAAGUGCUGGGAAUAUGACUCAGGUCAAGGAAUGCACCUCUGCCCUGUUAAGAUUUGCAAAAUUGACAAAUAUUCCUGUUUUCUUGAUUGGGCAUGUUACAAAAACCGGUGAUAUUGCAGGUCCUCGUUUGUUAGAACACAUCGUGGAUGUUGUUUUAUAUAUGGAGGGAGAGAGAUGUUUAUCUCAUCGGCUGUUGCGAUCAGUAAAGAAUCGUUUCGGUUCAACAGAUGAGAUUGGUGUAUUUGAAAUGUCAGGAUAUGGUCUACAAGCAGUUCUGAAUCCGACCGAGAUGUUCUUAACUGAACAUGACUCGGAUUCUGAAAUACUGGCUGGACUUGCUGUAGCUGUUGUUUUGGAUGGAUCCAGGCCAUUUGCUAUUGAAGUUCAGGCAUUGUGUAUUUCAGGUUCUUGUAGUGGAGGAGUGGUUGGCAUACCGAAAAACAGGGCUGAUAUUAUAAUCUCAGUUCUUAUGAAGCAAGCUGGUCUAAAACUUCAGGAUAAUGCUGUUUUUCUGAAUGUGGUCAGUGGUUUCAUGUUGACAGAAACUGCAGGAGAUCUGGCCAUAGCAGCUUCAAUUUGCAGCAGUUUCUUAGAGUAUCCUAUACCAAAUGAUAUUGCAUUUAUUGGAGAGAUCGGCCUUGGUGGUGAACUUAGAACUGUGCCGAGAAUGGACAAGCGGGUGUUAGCUAUUGCGAAGUUGGGGUACAAGAAAUGCGUUGUUCCCAAAACCUCAGAAAAGCUGCUCAAACCGCUGAAUCUUGAUCUCGAGAUUUUGCCCUGCGUCAACCUGAAAGAGGUCAUAAACACCAUAUUUAGACCACAAUGAUGAUAGUUACGAGUUGCUUACUUAGAGUAGCUGACAGUAGGUGUUUAGCAUCUUGUAUGCCUGGGUCAUGGGCCAAAGAGCUAUGACGAUUGAUGUACCUAUUUUCUCCUUAACGGGUUUCAAUAUUCCAGCCAUUUUGGGCCACGAUGCGGUAAGAAUCAUAAUGGCUAUCCGUGCUGGAAACCUGAACCCUUCACCUCUACUGUAAGACGCCUUCUUUGCACUAAGGGCUCAUUUGUUUUGCCUAAAAAACAACAGAUUUUGAUUUCUAACAAUACUCU